GUCGACAUUUCAGUGUCAUUUGAACUUGGCGAUUUACACCUCUCAACUAUAACAUCUUCGUUUUUGUUAACUGAUAAGAGUGCUCUCUGUGGCCAUGCAUCGACGCAGUCCAUCUCGAGCCAAGAAUGAAGAGCUCAGCCUCCGUCACUUCCCCGACGACUCAGACAUGUCUCUGACUUUCCAGAUCCCGACUGAUGCUGGGACCGAGUCUCGGCUUCUGGACGAGGAUAGCGGAGGGUUUUUCAACCAACUGGAGGAUAGUUUCGAGGCAUCGGUACCCCCGCGCCCUACUCAAUCUCCGCUCAGGCUCAGCGAUCUUACUCCACGGAAAGAGAUGGCCUCCAACCUUCGAGAUGCUAUCUCGACUACAAUCUCGACCGAACCUUUUCAACCACCCCCGGAUCUAUCAACCUCGUCUCCCCGCAGACGAACUCGCGCGCCUCGCGAAGACGUAAACUCGACAGCGGAUGCCUCGCCGUCCCGGUACAAUCUUCGCUCCAGAGAACCUCGCGACAGUCCCAUCAAGACAAGCACGCCGAAGGAGGAUCACCCAAAGACUGUUGUGAAGCCGCUUUUCGGGGGAUCCAAAGAUAGCGAGGCCUUGAAAGAUCCUAAGCCUCGAGCAGUCAAGCCUUCUAAGAAGACCCGGCCAUCGAAAGCGCAGGUAUCGGAUGUAGGGAAGAAGAAGGGUGAGGCUUCAGGUGGUGUCGUCGAGCGUUUGUUGCAGUAUGGCGGCCAACUGGAACAGGACACGAUUUAUUCUAGUAAUGUUGCAGUACCGGAACCGACACCCGCGUCUGACGCCUGUCCACCAGUGGACAUGGCAGUCGAUGACAAAGGACCGCUCACUCUGUCACAAGUCUCUCCGCGGAAACGAGAAAUGCCUGCUGAAACGGUCGCCCCGCCCUUACCGCCGACGCGAAAUACGCGCAAGCGCCCCGCUCCAGCCACCGAAGAUACCGAACAGGCUGUCGUUGAACCGCGGGAUCGAAAACAGGGGUCUAAGCUGCGCGGUGAGGGACCUUCAAAGCGUCUCAAGACCACCCACCUUCCCUCGAAACCCUCUUCUUCCGCCGGCCGGGCACCUACAACCAAGCGUCGUAUUUCUGCACGCCUCCAGAAGCAGAGUCACGCCUCUCAGGGAUCGACUUCCAAGAAGGCGCCCACAAGAAGCUCCUCUAGAAGCCAGACUCUGAUUCGCAGCCAGGGGCACCGUGAUCAUACAGCAGUACACGGCCGAACAGAUCAAUCUAUACCGGCUGGCCGCAAGCCUGGCCUUCUGACAGAGUCGAGCAAGUCGGGCAAACUACCUGCUUCUACGACACUGCCUCCACCGAAGCCCACGAUACCGCUCGAAUUUCGAUUUACGGUCGAUCACAGACUUCAGACGCGCAAACAGGAUCCCCAAGAGGAUACGCUCGCGAAGCCGCAUCCUCCGCUACCAGUGCCCGAUUUCAGGGCGCUACACGCCGCAGAAGCCGAAGCGGCGGCUCUACGUAAAGAGCAUAUUCAUCCUACGGUCCCCGUACCUCUUGGCCUAUCCACCGAGGCUCGCUCGAGGGAACGCCAGAAGUUCGACGAGAUGAUGCGCGUGAAAGAGGAAGAGAUCGAGCGAGAGAGAGAAGAACGGCGCAGGGAGAAGGAGGCUGAAGAACAGGCCGAGAUUAAGGAGUUGCGCAAGAAGGCGAUUCCCAAGGCGCACGAAGUUCCAGCUUGGUACUCACAGGCCCCUAAACGCAGAACAGAGGGGACCCACUGACACGUCUCGCGACCCCGCUUCUCCUGACAGCGACACUCGAUGGAAGCCUGACAAUCCGAGUGACUGAUCGGUCGAAGCUGUUGUUGUGUCCUGUUUUCGUAUCGGCUUCUGUGACUCGUGCGAUGGACAGCACUGUAUUGAUGUGGAUCCAGGAGUGUAGAUGGACGGGCUAUGCGAGGCCAUUGUAUCUGAUCCCGAGUUGUGGCGAGCCGAACAAGACAGCAAUAUUAAUAAUCCAACUUCCUACCACACACGGCUAGCGCCUUGCGUUUCGUGGCCAAUGACCUCUCGAGCUUCUGUUGCCAAGUCCGAGAUGCUGUUCUCGCUCCUUUUUUCCUUUGU